GGACGCAACAGUACAACAAGUUGCUGAGAAUGAGACUACAUGAAACAGAAACUACCUUGGAAGUUGAAGAUGUUGAAGUUGGGUCAAAUGCUGCAAGCAGCAAAGAGAGAAAUGGUGAUUAUGAAACAGGAACUUCAACUAACAAAAUAAAAGGAAAUCCACAAUAG